AUGCGUCCCACCUUUGCCAUUGUCAUCGCCGCCUUGUUCUCUCUUGGGGCUCAAGCCCUGGAGGCUCCAAUUGAGGGUUACGGUGUUGAAGACUUUGAAUGGGAGGUAGAAUCUUCACCCGGUAACAAGCUCCGCGUCCGAGGAACAAUCGAAGAAGUGGCCAACCAUGUCCGUUCCAUCAAUCCCAACUACAAACAGGAGAUCAGUAAGCGCGACGAUAAGGGCUCCUUGACAGGCUCCCUGGAGCAGCGCUACGACAAGGAGAGUAUAAUCUGCUACCCGAAUGGAUGGGGCGCUGCAGAUGGAAACAAGGUUCAGGAGGGAGUUGAAUACCUCAAAAAUGACGUUGCUGGAAAGCCUACAAAUGGGCCCGGACCUGGAAACUGUGGCCGGACCGAAAGCAAAACUUUGGACUCUUUCCGAGAAAUCGGUCUUGCUGCUGAGGAAAUCUGCAACAAGUGCUGGAUGUCUGCUGUUAGUAGUGAUUCAGGCUUCGAGAAUCUUUGUGCUGGUCAGAUGUUCAUGAAGGACAAGUGGAAUGUGAUUGUACGUGAUGCGAAGUGUUAG